AUGGAUUCAACCCAUCGCCAGGAUCUGGCUCUACGACAGGGUCCCCAUACCAUACUCAACGGUAAUACCACGGACACUUCCGAGCCAUCUUGCGACUACAAUGCGUAUACAAUCGGUUGGAUAGUGGCACUGCACAAUGAACUUACUGCUGCAAUGGCCAUGCUUGACGAAGAGUGUCAGCAACCGAAAAACUUUGUCCAGAAUUCGACCGACAUGAAUUGCUACUCAUGGGGCCGGAUCGGCGCUCACUAUGUUGUCAUCGCCUCGAUAGGCGAAGGAAGCUAUGGCAUAGCAGCUGCAACUAGGACCGCAGCGAGCAUGGUCCAUUCUCUACCACACAUACGAUUUGGUCUGAUGGUUGGCAUUGGUGCCGGGGUCCCGAGAUGGGAACCUGGAUAUGAAUUAGUCGACAUUCGACUAGGCGAUGUUGUAGUCAGCCAGCCUGUUCACAAAUCUGGAGGAGUUGAACAGUACGAUUUGGUCAAACUGAAGGCCGACGGCCAAGUUGAGCCCAUCGGUCAUCUUGCCUCCCCACCAGCAGCUCUUCUCAAUGGGUUGACAAAGCUGAAGGCCACACAAAGACGCACAGGCUCCAAGUUGCCGAGAAUAUUAGCUGCCGCACUCGAGAACUCUCCUCUUCUGGCGGACAGAGGUGAGAAUGAUGGGGACGCGGCGUUCAUUCAUCAAGGAUUGCAGAAUGAUCGCCUAUUCGCAUCAACAUCGACACAUGUCGAAAAUGCAAAAGCGCAGGCUCAACCUCUCUUGCUUCCUGACCAACAUCGCGAGGAUACGAUCGAAUAUUCUGACUGUGCGCUUUGCGAUCCGCAACAGGAGAUCAAAAGACCUUAUCGAAAGGAUACCAAUCCAAGAAUCCACUACGGUAUAAUUGCCUCCGGCAACUCACUCGUGAAGGAUAGCGUCUCACGGGAUCAAAUUCUCCAGAAUAUCGGGACACAAUGUCUUUGCUUCGAGAUGGAGGCGGCUGGACUGAUGAAUCAUUUCCCCUGUCUUGUCAUCAGAGGAAUCUGUGACUACGCUGAUAGCCACAAGAAGGAUCGGUGGCAGAACUAUGCGGCGAUGGUUGCCGCUGCAUAUGCGAAGGAGCUACUUUCUGUCAUGGAUGUUAGGAAUGUUGAACAAUCUGAGCGAGUGGAUGAGAUCUUGGGGAUAGUCUCCCAGAUUCAGACAAACACAAGAGAUACCAAUGAAAUGUUCCACGCCAUGAGUGCGAGUAAUCGAUCUAGGGACAUUAGGUCACUGCUUUCUCCACCAGAGCCAUCAAUCGAUCACAACACGGCCUGCGGUCUUCAUCACGGCGACACAGGAAAGUGGUUUUUGGAAGGUCCGGAGUAUCUGGACUGGAAAGCGAAACCCCAUUCUUCGUUAUGGCUGCAUGGCCGCCCAGGAUGUGGCAAGACGAUUCUGAGCUCGACAAUUAUUGAAGAUCUACAAAGCAAUGUGGCUGUGUCUCUUUACUUUUAUUUCACAUUUAAUGAUAAGAACAAGCAGUCGCUUGAUCAAGCCAUUCGGUCACUCAUUAUUCAACUAUAUCAUCAGAACAAGGACGCUAAAGAAUAUCUCGACUCAAUCUUCGAACUCGAACAAAGAGUUAGCUCUACUCAACCUACGACUGACCGCCUGUGCUCAUGGUUCACGGACAUGGCUAAGAAAGCCGGUGAAGUCUGGAUUGUGCUUGACGCACUAGAUGAGCGAGACGUGGCUCAUGAAUAUCAACACGGCCAAGCUUUGAAGGGCAAAGGGAUCCUGCCUUGGAUCAAAGCUCUCCUCAAGUCCGAAGUAAUCAAUUUCCAUGUCCUUGUAACAAGCCGCCCAGAGGACGACAUUUUGCAUGCUUUAGGCGACAGUAUACCUAAGGGCAUGCAGAUUCUACUACGAAAUAAGUCAAUCAAUGCAGACAUACGGGAAUUCAUCGAGUCAACAAUUAGGAACUGGGGCGGCCCAAGAGGAUGGCAGACAAGUGAGGCUCUUCUGGAAAAGGUCAUAAAUCACUUAAUCAGGAAGGCUGACGGAAUGUAA